CCCCCGCCCCCGCCCCCGCCGAGGGUCCCGGGGCUCGCAGGCGGCCGGGGCGGCGCCGCGGCAGCUUUGGAGCCGAGCACCAUGCUGAGCCGGAGCCGGGAGCCGAGGGGAGCGGGGGCCCCGUGACCGUGACUGGCAGCUGGUUCUCACCCGGGUCCUCUUGGUCGAGCCAAGGCAGCUGCCCAACCCACAGAGCCCGGGCACAGCCCCUGACAGGUGCUGAGGAGCGGUAAAUGUAGCUCGAAGAAGGAACCCAUGGCUUUGGCUGGCUGCCCAGAUUCCUUCUUGCACCACCCGUACUACCAGGACCAGGUGGAGCAGACGCCCCCGCCGAGUCCACGAGACCUGGCAGGACCAGGCUUCCCGGCGCCGGCCGACCGGCUCACAGGCCACCAGGAGGAUGACGUAGAUCUGGAAGCCCUGGUGAACGAUGUGAACGCGUCCCUGGAGAGUCUGUACCCGGCCUGCAGCAUGCAGUCGGAGACGGUGCCCCUCCUCCAGAACGGCCAGCACGCCCGCAGCCAGCCGCCGCCCGUGGCCCCGAGGCCCCCCCAGGCGCAGCGUUCGCAGCCCGUGCACAUCGUCGCCGUCAGACGCCUGCAGGAAGAAGACCAGCAGCUCAGAACCUCGUCUCUGCCGGCCAUCCCCAACCCCUUCCCCGAGCUCUGCGGCCCCGGGAGCCCGCCGGUGCUGACGCGCGGCUCCCUACCUCCAGGCCAGGCAGCUGCCAAGCAGGAUGUGAAAAUCUUCAGUGAAGAUGGGACGAGCAAAGUGGUGGAGAUCCUAGCGGACAUGACAGCCCGGGACCUGUGCCAGCUGCUAGUUUACAGAAGCCACUGUGUGGACGACAACAGCUGGACGCUGGUGGAGCACCACCCGCACCUGGGACUAGAAAGGUGCCUGGAAGACCAUGAGCUGGUGGUUCAGGUGGAGAGUACCAUGGCAAGCGAAAGCAAAUUUUUAUUUAGGAAGAAUUACGCAAAAUACGAGUUUUUCAAAAAUCCUACGAAUUUCUUCCCAGAGCAGAUGGUUACUUGGUGCCAGCAGUCAAAUGGCGGUCACAGCCAGCUUUUGCAGAACUUUCUGAACUCUAGUAGCUGUCCUGAAAUCCAGGGGUUUUUGCACGUGAAGGAGCUGGGGAGGAAGUCGUGGAGAAAGCUGUACGUGUGUUUGCGCAGAUCGGGCCUUUAUUGCUCCACGAAGGGAGUGUCAAAGGAGCCCAGGCACCUGCAGCUGCUGGCGGGCUUGGAAGAGAGCAGCGUCUUCUCCCUGACCGCCGGCAGGAAGCAGUACGGCGCGCCCACAGACCACGGCUUCUGCAUAAAGCCAAACAAAGUCAGGAACGAGACGAAAGAGCUGCGGCUGCUGUGUGCCGAAGACGAGCAGGGGAGAACGUGCUGGAUGACGGCGUGCAGGCUGCUCAAGUACGGGAUGCUGCUGUACCAGAACUACCGGAUCCCGCCGCAGAGGAAGGCCUUACUCCCGUCCUUCUCCACGCCCGUGCGCAGCGUGUCGGAGAACUCCCUCGUGGCCAUGGAUUUUUCUGGGCAAACGGGAAGAGUGAUAGAGAACCCGGCGGAAGCCCAGAGCGCGGCCCUGGAGGAAGGCCACGCGUGGAGGAAACGAAGCACCCGGAUGAACAUCCUAGGCAGCCAAAGUCCCCUGCACCCGUCUACCCUGAGUACAGUGAUCCACAGGACGCAGCACUGGUUUCACGGCAGGAUCUCCAGGGAGGAGUCGCACCGCAUCAUCAAGCAGCAGGGCCUGGUGGACGGGCUUUUCCUCCUCCGAGACAGCCAGAGCAAUCCAAAGGCAUUUGUGCUCACGAUGUGUCAUCAUCAGAAAAUUAAAAAUUUCCAGAUCUUACCUUGCGAGGACGACGGGCAGAUGUUCUUCAGCCUUGACGACGGCAACACCAAAUUCUCGGACCUGAUCCAGCUCGUUGACUUUUACCAGCUCAACAAGGGAGUCCUGCCCUGCAAGCUCAAGCACCACUGCAUCCGCGUGGCCUUAUGACCCACGGGCCGGGCCGCCGCCGGAGGAAGCUGACACUGGAGCGGGAGGGGCGGGCGCGGGGCCGGGGGCGCGGAGUGCCCGGCCGGGGGUCCCUCCCGCCGCCCUCCAGGG